AUGGACGAGAAAGCAAAAUCGGCAAUGGAGGCGUUCGAGAAGCUAGAGAAAGUGGGCGAGGGCACCUACGGGAAAGUCUACAGAGCGAGAGAGAAGGCGACGGGCACAAUCGUGGCACUUAAGAAGACCCGACUGCACGAAGACGAAGAAGGGGUACCGCCCACCACUCUCCGCGAGGUCUCCCUUCUCAGGAUGCUUUCCAGGGAUCCCCAUGUCGUCAAAUUGAUGGAUGUGAAACAAGGACAGAACAAGGAAGGAAAGACAGUCCUCUACUUGGUUUUCGAGUACAUGGAUACCGACCUCAAGAAGUAUAUUCGCAGCUUUCGCCAAUCUGGAGGAAAUAUUCCAUCCAACAUCGUCAAGAGUUUAAUGUAUCAACUUUGCAAAGGUGUUGCUUUCUGUCAUGGCCAUGGUGUUCUACACAGGGAUCUCAAGCCUCACAAUCUUUUGAUGGAUCGUAAGACAAUGAUGCUUAAGAUAGCAGACCUUGGUUUGGCCAGAGCUUUUACGGUCCCUAUUAAGAAGUACACUCAUGAGAUAUUGACCCUUUGGUAUAGGGCUCCUGAGGUGCUUUUGGGAGCUACACACUACUCACCAGCAGUGGACAUGUGGUCAGUCGCCUGCAUAUUUGCUGAACUGGUGACGAACCAAGCUCUCUUUCCUGGAGACUCUGAACUGCAGCAGCUUCUCCACAUUUUCAGAUUGUUGGGAACUCCUAAUGAAGAAGUUUGGCCUGGAGUUAGCAAGUUAGUGAACUGGCACGAGUACCCACAAUGGACCCCGAAGCCGCUUUCAUCGGCUGUGCCUGGACUGGAUGAAACUGGCCUACACCUCUUAUCUGAGAUGCUGCAAUACGAGCCAUCAAAGAGGAUUUCAGCAAAGAAAGCUAUGGAGCACCCUUAUUUUGAUGAUAUUGACAAGUCUGGUCUCUGA